GGGGCUGUGCUCAAUCACACAGCCAGCCUGAGCUCCUGCCUGCAUGCUCCUGUCAGCAGAGCCCCUCAGCAGCAGGAUGGAGAAACGUUCCCGGAGCACGUCACGCUCUUCCAGGACCUCCAGCAGGAAGGCCAAGGGUACAAGCAAGGAGCGGGCUGGGAGCCUGGAGCCUGGUGAAAGGAAGAGGGGGAGAUCAAACUCCAGGAGCAAGAGGAGAGAAGAAGGCAAGGGGCAGGGAGCCCUGGGGAGUGAUGGGAAGGUGGGGAGCUCAACCGUGGUGGAAGUGGACAAUGUCUUGGACUCAGAGCAGGACUCGGAGCCGGAGGAGACAGCAGCAUUGCUGGACGCUGAGGGGCUCGAGGAAGGUAUGAAGCUGCGGACCCUGGGGUUUUGGGAGUGGAUUCUGGUCAUCUUCGCCAUGGCUCUCGUCACCCUGUCCCUCCCGAUCUCCAUCUGGUUCUGUGUGAAGAUCGUGAGGGAGUACGAGAGGGCGGUGAUAUUCCGGCUGGGGCAUCUUCUGCCAGGGAAACCCAGAGGACCAGGUCUCUUCUUCUACGUCCCGCUCCUUGAUGUUUACCACAAAGUGGACCUCCGCAUCAGAACCUUUGAGAUCCCGUUUCAUGAGAUAGUGACGAAGGACCUGGUCACCCUGGAGCUCAGUGCGGUCUGUUAUUACCGGCUGGAGAACGCUCCUCUCUGCCUCACAGCUGUCUGUGACUCCUCCACUGCUCUCCGGCUCCUCACUGAAUCCAUGCUGAAGAGCUGCCUGGCCCACCGGGACUUCACCAGCAUCCUGCUAGACAGGAAGAGCAUCGCAGAGGAAGUCAAGAUAGCACUGGAUGCUGUAACCUGUCGAUGGGGAAUCAAAGUGGAGAGGACGGAAAUUAAGGAUCUCCGCCUGCCAGCCGAACUCCAGCACACACUUUCAGUGGAGGCCGAGGCACAGAGAAUGGCCAGAAUCCGAGUAAUAGCUGCCGAGGGGGAGAGGGCUGCCUCGGAGUCCCUGCGCUUGGCUGCGGAGACUCUGUCUGGCUCCCCCCAGGCUCUUCAGCUGCGCUACCUCCAAACCCUGCACAGCCUCACCAGCGAGAGAUCCUGCAACACCAUCCUACCACUGCCCUUCGACCUGCUCCACCUGCUUACCCACAGCGAGAGCACACACACACCCCGGGAGCAGGGAGAGCCCAAGAAAGACUCCCCGAUGCUCUAACUGACAGCUUCUCAAACUUGUAUUACACACAGAUGUACUGGGACUCCAUUUAGAGUGUCUUUCAAGACCCCCGAUGCAAAACAGAUUGUUAGAAUUCAAAUCCAGGGAUAUAUCGCUGCUUAAACUGAAUCAAUGACGGCGUUAUCCACCUCGUGUGUGGCUGCUGUGAGUUUAGUGCUGGUAAACAAUGAGGAUCAAUGACACUGGCUACAGUGAGAGCUUUGCUCAUAGCUCUGCAAGGGAGAGAGAGAGAGCAAUCCCUGCCUGCCUGCCUCUCAAGCACAAGCAAUCAUGUAACCAAAAGGCAUUUUUUCAAAGAAUGUCAUCAUUAUUUUACUGUUUGGGGUGCAAACCGUUGACUUCUAUUACUUAGUAGUUUAGUUCUAAUUUUGUAACAUUAGCAGGUGUUUUUUUCUCUUUUGAAUAAAAUAGGAGUUAAAGACAUGAAAGUAGAGACAUUAGAUUUGUUUAAUUUCUUAAAUGUUUUAGAAUUAAACACGUUUGUAACCAAUCAAAAAAUGCGUCCUGAGAAGCCCUCAAU